AUGGCUACGGCGGUGCCAGACGAAGUUCCCGCCGCUGGGACCCAGAGGGUCCGCGACGGAAGCGAGCGGUCCCGACCGCCGGAUCUGCCGGCCGGCAACACGCGGGCGGUGCUGGAGGAGGUGGAGAUGCAGAUUGGCGAUGCCGCCUUCUCUCUGGCGAAGAUCCUGGAGGCGACGUCGGCUGUGUCGGCCCAGGUAGAGGAGCUCGCCACCAAGUGCUCGGAGAACGCCCGGUUCCUCAGAACGUGGCGGGACCUGCUGAGGGAGGGGUACGAGUCCCUGAAGCCCAGCGGCUGACCCUGUCCCGCGGUGGCUCCUCCGGGUCUCACCGAACUGCCCGUAUCAGACUGGAACGUGAUGGGUUUUUUCAAAUAGUCCUUUUUAGGGAGCUCGCAUAGGUUUUGGUUUUCUCUCAGCAGCCCCCCGUGAAGCGGGAGUGCUUUCAGAAAUACUUCAUGGAUGUUGUAUGUAAGUCACUGAGAAAAAUUACUUUGUUUAGGGAAUCAGGUUGCUUCCAUUUCUGCUCAAGCGAUCUCCUACAUUAAAUACUCUACAUUUUUUUUUUCCUCUGAUAUGGUGAAUGCAAAGUUAGUAUGUGUGGCAUCUCCAGACCUCCUUACUGGUGGGGAAGUGGUGCGAGGAGGUACUGCCAGCCCUCCCUUUGAAACAG